AUGCAUUGGCUUCCGCCCAUCGGACGUGUCCUGCGUGAGCGGUUGGAGAUGGAGGAGGGUGCGGCUCCGAAGCGGCGAGAGCCGAGAUGGUUGACGGCUGGACAUUUAGAGCAGCCACCAGCCAUGCCCCUCGUUAUCACAUGUGUGAGCACAUCCCAUACUGGAACCAAAGUACCUCUCCUCAGCUUUACCUCCAACACACACUCCCCAUCACGACACAAAGUCACAAGCGCCACCGCGCAAGAUGAAGGCCCCCUGGGACUUUUUGCCGCCAAACGCCCGUUGGGUGCCGCGCCGGUCAUCAGAUCGGAGAAGCGCACCUACGGGAAGCCGACGAAGCCAAGACUAGGUCUCGGGGCUGCUAACUCACCACAAGCGGCGAUAUCAGGCGUGAGCGACACCGCUCCUUUAGUUCACAACCCAACUCCGGCACGGAAACCGGUCGAAGGGUACCCCUUAUCGGGUUUAUCGACAGGCACACUGCUCAGAUCGCUCCUCAUCACCACAAUCUCCUCCCACCGCGCCCUUCUCAUUCCCGCGCUCAAAACCUUGUCUUUUUUGGCCAAGCCAGGACGGACGGUGCUCUUCGACGUCGAUCGCAACCCAGUGCUGCACGCGAUCCUGCGCAAGACGUUUUACGAUCAGUUUUGCACGGGGGAGACGGCCGCGGAGACGCGGGCAUGCGUGCAACGUCUCAAGGGGCUGGGAUUCAGGGGUGUGAUUCUGACAUAUGCAAAGGAGACUGUGUUUGAUCAUUUGACGCAGUCGGCGGUUGAGCACGGCAAGGUUUCCGGAGAGUCGGUUGGUGGGUUUGAUGCUGAUAUUGAGGAUUGGAAGAGAGGGACACUGGAGACUGCUGCGCAGAUUGAGGAAGGCGAUUACCUUGCCAUCAAGUUGACUGGGGCUGGCCGUGCUGUUACGACCGCGUUUGCGGCUAACGAGCUACCGCCGCAGCAGAUGCAAGACGCCUUGGAUGAGAUCGCCACGGUUUGCAAACAGCGCGGCAUCAAAAUCAUCGUCGACGCCGAGUCAACGCACUUUCAAAAAACCAUCGACCACGUGACGCUGGAGCUCAUGCGUCGUUUCAACAGGGAUGGAACCGCUGCCAUCUACAACACCUAUCAAGCCUAUCUGAAGCAUACGCCUGACAACAUCACCAACCACCUGUCCGAGGCUGCCAAGGAUGGGUUUACCCUUGGCCUCAAGCUCGUCAGGGGUGCGUAUAUCCUCUCCGACAACAGGUCUCUGAUCCACGACACGAAGGAGGAUACCGACAAUGCGUACAACUACAUCUCACAAGGCGCCGUGAAGAGGUGCAUUGGCGAAUUCGGCGGUGAAGGGUCUGAAUCCAAGCCCUUUCCGUCAGUAGAUCUCCUUCUAGCGAGCCACAACAAGGAGAGUCUCUUCGCCGCACUGAAGCUUCAUCAGGAGCGUAUGAAGGGCAACCUCCCCACGGUGCCGAUCUCUUUUGGCCAACUGCACGGCAUGUCGGACCAGGUCAGCUUCUCCCUCCUGCAGGCCAAGAGUGAAGGCCUGGAGGGGCCGAACGUGUUCAAGUGUUCGACGUGGGGCACGAUGGGCGAGUGCUUGGCGUACUUGCUGAGGAGGGCGGUAGAGAACCGGGAUGCAGUGUUGAGGACGACGGAUGAACAUCAUGCCGUGAAGAGCGAGUGUUGGAGGCGGAUGAGAUCGGUGUUCUCGGUUUAG